AAAUGGAUAGUUGUCCUUUACUAAGCGAAAUGUCUAGAGAAAUUUCAGGCGUAAAUGUGCCAGUAUUCAUUAUUGGGGAUUCGGCUUUUCGAUUUAGCAAACAACUAAUGAAACCGUAUCCAUUUAGUGUAAAUCAAAAUAAUGGUGAGAAGGUAUUCAACUACGCUCUUUCGAAAACACGUAGAGUUGUCGAAAAUGCUUUUGGACACCUCAAGGCCCGCUUUCGACGCAUCGGAAAAGGAAUUGACAACUCUGUACGGAAUGCCAACUCCAUAAUAAAAGCAUGUUGCGUCCUUCACAAUUUUUUAAAUGAUAACAACGACACGCUAAACGCUAAAUGGUUACGCGCUUUGGAAGAGUUGGAGACUAGACGCCAGAAUCCGUGUGAUAUUUCAUAUGCAUCUGACGACCCAAUUAUUGGAGACAUGAUUCGGACAGCACUUUGUACAUAUUUUGAAAUUGAAGCAAUCGUUCAUUUGUUUCUUUAGAAUCUUUUAUAAAUUGUUCCAUCAUUUCGGUUUUUUUAUUAUCAUUUUCAACCAUUUUUUU